AUGGCUAUUGGACACUUGAGAUAUUCGACCGCUGGUUCUUCCAUGUUGAAAAAUGUGCAGCCUUUUGUUGUUGGUUAUAGGUUUACGUCUGUUGGGGUUGCACACAAUGGGAAUUUGGUGAACUAUACAGCUUUGAGACAUAUUCUCAAAGAUAAUGGUUCGAUUUUUAAUACUAGUUCUGAUACUGAGGUUGUGCUUCAUUUGAUUGCUAUUUCCAAGGUCAGUCCUUUCUUUUUGAGGAUUGUUGAUACUUGUGAGAAGCUUGAAGGGGCUUAUUCGAUGGUGUUUGUGACCGAGGAUAAGCUAGUUGCGGUCCGCGAUUCCCAUGGAUUUAGGCCUUUGGUUAUGGGUAGGAGGAGUAAUGGUGCUGUUGUGUUUGCUUCCGAGACCUGUGCUCUUGAUUUGAUCGAGGCAACAUAUGAGCGAGAGGUGAAUCAUGGUGAAGUUCUGGUGGUGGAUAAGAAGGAUGCGGUUCAGUCCCUUUGCUUGCUGCCUCACCCUGAUGCGAAACAAUGCAUUUUUGAGCAUAUCUACUUUGCUUUGCCUAACUCUGUUGUCUUUGGAAGGUCGGUUUAUGAGUCACGACAUGCUUUUGGAGAAAUACUUGCGAUUGAGGCUCCGGUCGACUGUGAUGUUGUGAUUGCUGUGCCGGAUUCCGGAGUGGUGGCUGCUCUUGGUUAUGCAGCCAAAGCAGGGGUGCCUUUUCAGCAAGGGUUGAUCAGGUCACACUAUGUGGGAAGGACUUUCAUCGAGCCUUCGCAGAAGAUUAGGGACUUUGGUGUUAAGCUUAAGCUUUCACCGGUUCGAGGUGUGUUGGAAGGUAAAAGAGUUGUGGUUGUUGAUGACUCGAUCGUGAGAGGAACCACAUCAUCAAAAAUCGUUAGGUUGCUCAAGGAAGCAGGGGCUAAAGAAGUUCACAUGAGGAUCGCAAGCCCACCGUUUAUCGCCUCUUUCUAUUACGGAGUGGACUCACCGAGCUCAGAGGAGUUGAUAUCGAAUCAAAUGAGUGUGGAGGAGAUUCGAGAGUUCAUCGGAUGUGAUUCUCUCGCUUUCCUUCCAUUCGAUAGCUUGAAGAAGAUGCUGGCUAGUGAUUCUCAAACCUUCUGCUAAUCUUGCUUCUCCGGGAAGUACCCGGUUAUGCCAAAGGAGGUUAAAGUGAAAAAAGUCGGUAAUUUCUUGGAUGAUGGAUUGAACGUUUCUAUAGAUUCUAUUGAUGGAGGAUGAGUUAAAGGUCCAAAAAAUAUCAAUAUCGAGAAAGAAAUCGAUCCAAUGUAUCAACAGAGCAAGAUUUAGC